CAAAGCUGAAAAAGCAUUCCACUCGAACAUCAAUGCAUUUGCGCGGUGCGUCCCUCAAUCUGACUUAAUGCUAUGGCUGGAAAUCAUGGGUCUACAGACCAAAUCGUUACCAAGCUUAUUGACAUGGGUUUCGAAAGUUUUCAAGCUAUGGAAGCUGUAGAGGCCGUGGGUCCAACUUUAAAUGAAGCAGUUGAUUACAUACUGAAUCAUUCAUCUAAGAACAAUGGAGGUGUAUCAAUCACUCCCAAUAAUUCCGCCCCAGGAAAUAAGUCAAAAAAUUUGGGUAAAAGAUCAUCUUCCAUGUCAUGCCCAUCUGGUCAGAUGAGACAGUCUAGCAUAAUGGAGCAUCUUCAACCUCUAGGCAAGCCAAAGAAGAGCAGGAGUUCUGUGGUAUCAAAUUCCAAGAAGGAUUUGUUAAAUAAACAUUUUGUAGGACAGGAAGAAGACAAAAAUACUCGUGUAGAUCAAUCUCUUGAUGCAAGCUUUACUCCGGAAUUCUAUCAACCAUGUGGCUCGUACCCACUGCAGAGAGAAGAUCAUGAUAUGAAAAUUGGACCAGAUUGGGACCAGAAAGCUAACAAACUAUUGCAAAAGCAUUUUGGAUAUUCAGGACUAAAGAGUUUUCAAAAGGAAGCGCUGGGUGCUUGGUUAGCCCAUCAGGAUUGUCUAGUUCUGGCAGCAACAGGGUCUGGGAAAUCUACAUGUUUUCAGCUACCUGCACUUUUAACUGGGAAGGUUGUGGUUGUGAUUUCUCCAUUAAUAAGCUUGAUGCAUGAUCAAUGCUUAAAGCUAGCAAAACAUGGAGUGUCUGCAUGCUUUCUUGGAUCUGGACAGCCAGACAACAGUGUUGAAAAGAAAGCAAUGAACGGCAUUUACUCCAUCAUUUAUGUUUGCCCAGAGACAGUUUUAAGAUUAAUAAAAUCUCUUCAGAGGCUCUGUGAGAUCCGUGGAAUUGCUUUGUUUGCCAUCGAUGAGGUGCAUUGUGUUUCUAAGUGGGGCCAUGACUUCAGACCAGAUUACAGGCGAUUGUCUGUGCUGCGAGAGGCAUUCAGCACCAACAGUUUAGAUUUCUUGAAAUUUGAUAUACCAAUUAUGGCACUGACCGCCACUGCUACUAUUUGUGUCCGAGAAGAUAUUCUUAAGGCACUUUGCAUGUCAAGUGAAGCAAAAAUUGUUCUGACAACAUUCUUUCGGCCAAACCUUUGUUUCUCAGUGAAGCAUAGUAGAACAUCUCAAUCUUCCUAUGCGAAGGAUUUCAAAGAACUAGUGCAAGUGUACUCUAGUAAGAGAGCAAUAGGUAAAAUGAAUCACUUUGUUGGGAAAGAAGACUCCAAUAGCAGUUCUGAUAGCAGUGGUAUGAAUAUUACGGAGGAUGAUAGCUUUGACUUAGAGGAUUAUGAGCUAAAUUCACUAAACAGAAUUGCUCCCACCGUGUCAAAAGAGAAACAACUGUCAGUUGAGUAUCUGGAAGAUGAUUUUGAUGACAUUCAGACAGCAGAUGACUUUGACGUUUCAUGCGGCGAGUUUUCUGGGACAUCAAUGGUUGGUAAUCAGAAGCUUAAUGAGAUUGAGAUGCCGAAUGGCCCUUCAAAGCCAGUGGAAGCAGUGCCACUUGUGCAUGGUCCUUUGGCACAAGGUCCAACCAUCAUAUAUGUGCCUACAAGAAAAGAUACGCUUAAUAUAGCUAAGUUUCUUUGUGCAGAGGGUGUGAAGGCUGCAGCUUAUCAUGCAGCGUUGCCAAAAGCACACCUAAGACGAGUUCACGCAGAGUUUCAAGGGAAUGCCUUGGAUGUUGUUGUUGCAACCAUUGCUUUUGGAAUGGGAAUUGACAAACUAAACGUGCGAAGGAUCAUUCAUUAUGGAUGGCCACAGAGUUUGGAAGCAUAUUAUCAAGAAGCAGGCAGGGCUGGGCGAGAUGGGAAAAUGUCAGAUUGCAUUUUAUACGCUAAUCUGUCCAGAAUCCCCACUCUUUUGCCUAACAAGAGAUCCGAAGAGCAAAAGAAACAGGCUUACAAGAUGUUGUCUGAUUGUUUUAGAUACGGCAUGAACACUUCCCUCUGCCGAGCCCUUAUACUGGUAGAAUACUUUGGAGAAGAGUUCACUCAAGGCCGCUGCAGCUCAUGUGAUGUUUGCAAAAAUGGGCCUCCUGAGCUGCAAGAUUUGACAGCAGAAGCAAAUCUUUUCAUGCAAAUUGUUGCCUCUCACCACAAACAGGACAGUUUUGCUGAAAAUUUGUAUGCUGGCGAUUUUGCCCCUACUGAUCUGAUGCAGCAGAGAUUUUCUGAAAGGCCAAAUCUUAGGACGGUAGUCGCGAAGAUUAGGGAACACUCUCAGAAGUUCCUAAACAGUGAGCAACUAUGGUGGCGUGGCCUGGCUCGUAUGUUGGAGAACCAGGGUUAUAUUCAAGAAGGAAGUGAUAACAUUAGUGUACAAAUUAAAUAUCCUCAAGUAACGGAAAAAGGCCUGAAAUUUCUGGAAUCAGAAGCCCAGCAGAAUUUUGUUGCAUACCCAGAAACAGACAUGUUACUGUCCUUAACAAGAGCACAGAAACCCUUUUCGUCUUUCUCGGAGUGGGGGAAAGGGUGGGCAGAUCCUGAGAUUCGCAAGCAGCGCCUUGAGAGGCGCAGAUCCACUAGGAAAUUCCAAAAGCCACGAAAAUCGCGAAAUGGAUCGUCCAGUCGAGGACAGCCAAAUUUGGGAACAGUAAGAGGAAGGUUAGCAGCUAAACUUUCAUUUCCGAAAAGAUGAUCUUCUUCUCAAUAUACCUUUCUUUUGGAUAACUUAAUGUAAUUGUAGUUCUGCCUUCUAGCAUAAUAAGAGGCAAAUUCUUUUUCAGAGAUAUAUUCUUUUGCCCUUCAUCGAUAUGGAGGGUAAAAUUGAAAGACCGUCCAUAAUUUGUAGUUUGGACAAAAGCAAAACAAGAAAAAGAUCUUAGCAGCUUUAGUUUUUG